GAUGCAUUAAAGUGCAAGAGUGUUUUAAUUGAUCGAACGAUAUAAAUAUUUGACGAAUCGCUGUUGUAGAAUCAGAGUAGCCUUAGAAGCCAAAGAUGAUAUUUAUAGUAUUAUCCGCCCUCCUUGGAGUAGCCUUGGCUGAUGUGGGGUAUCUUCCCCCAAGAUUACCAGGCACCGGGGGUGGAUCUCCUGCUUUUCCUGCUAGAGGUGGUAGCGGAUUUGCAGGAGGUGGAGGUGCAAAUAUACCAAUUCUAAGAUAUGUAAACAAUAAUAACGGAGAUGGAACUUACAACUGGCUCUAUGAGACUGGCAAUGGAAUAAAUGCUGACGAAAGUGGUGAUGCUCGUGGUGAUGGAACGAAAGCUCAGGGGCAGUUUUCCUAUACUGCACCAGAUGGCCAGAAGAUCAGUCUACAGUACACUGCUGACGAAAAUGGUUUUAGACCUGUGGGAAGUCAUUUGCCUACACCUCCACCAAUUCCAGAAGAGAUUCUCAGGUCAAUCGAAUAUAAUAGAGCUCACCCAAAUGAAGAGGGCCAAUACAGGUUUGGUCAAGAUGAUGGUAGCUCUCAAGGCUACAGAUACUAACAAUCUAAAUAAACAUAUUGGUACAAUAAAAGACAUAUAGUGAAAUAUAUAUUUCUAGUUACAUUUAUUAUAUUUGUAUAGAUUUGUGAUUUACUUUAUGUUUAUCCUUUAAUUAUUUUAACGUGUUCCUGCAAUGUAUUAAAAAUUUCAUAAUAGAUAUUUUAUUGUGAGUAAAGUUUCUUAUUUAUUGAGCUAGAACAAUUUUAUAGUCAAAUAUAUUAUACAAGAAUA